UUUUUUUUUUUUUUUUUGCAAUUUUGAACAUUUUGCAAGACGAGGGGUUCGAGGCAGGUGAGAGCAUCCCUGUGCGUCGCCGGGGAGCCCGUGGGCACUUGGCGCGCUCUCCUGGGACCGUCUGCACUGGAAACCCGAAAGUUUUUUUAUUUUUUAAAUACAUAUUUUUCUGCAGAUGUAUUUAUAAGGCUAUAAGUAAUUUUUUUCUUCCCUUGUUUCCAACGUUUUGAAAGCGAGUACUUUGUACUUUUGGCGAAGGACGCAGGAAAAGCUCAGCAACAUUUUGGGGGGGGCGGUUUUCUUUUUUUGGUUUCUUCUUCUUCUUUUUUGAGGACAAAUCAUUGAGUACAUCGCGAUGGAGAAAAUGUCCCGACCGCUCCCCCUGAAUCCCACCUUUAUCCCGCCUCCCUACGGCGUGCUCAGGUCCCUGCUGGAGAACCCGCUGAAGCUCCCCCUUCACCACGAAGACGCAUUUUGUAAAGACAAAGAGAAGGAAAAGAAGCUGGAUGAUGAGAGUAACAGCCCGACAGUCCCCCAGUCGGCAUUCUUGGGGCCCACCUUAUGGGACAAAACCCUUCCCUAUGACGGAGAUACUUUCCAGUUGGAAUACAUGGACCUGGAGGAGUUUUUGUCAGAAAAUGGCAUUCCCCCCAGCCCGUCUCAGCAUGACCACAGCCCUCACCCUCCUGGGCUGCAGCCGGCUUCCUCAGCGGCCCCCUCGGUCAUGGACCUCAGCAGCCGGGCGUCUGCACCCAUUCACCCUGGUAUCCCAUCUCCAAACUGUAUGCAGAGCCCCAUCAGACCAGGUCAGCUGUUGCCAGCAAACCGCAAUACACCGAGUCCCAUUGACCCUGACACCAUCCAAGUCCCAGUGGGCUAUGAGCCAGACCCGGCAGACCUUGCCCUCUCCAGCAUCCCUGGCCAGGAAAUGUUUGACCCUCGUAAACGCAAGUUCUCCGAAGAAGAACUGAAGCCACAGCCGAUGAUUAAGAAAGCCCGCAAAGUCUUCAUCCCUGACGAUCUGAAGGAUGACAAGUACUGGGCAAGGCGCAGAAAGAACAACAUGGCGGCCAAGCGCUCCCGCGACGCCCGGCGGCUGAAAGAGAACCAGAUCGCCAUCCGGGCGUCGUUCCUGGAGAAGGAGAACUCGGCCCUCCGCCAGGAGGUGGCUGACUUGCGGAAGGAGCUGGGCAAAUGCAAGAACAUACUUGCCAAGUACGAGGCCAGGCAUGGGCCCCUGUAGGACGGCAUUUUUGUGGGCUGGCUUCUGAAUAGAUGGACCGUUUGUUUCCUGUCUGAUAGCACCACACCCAAACCAACCUUUCUGACAUCAGCACUUUACCAGAGGCAUCAACACAACCCACUCCCAUCUCGGUGUGCAUCUGUGUGUGUGCGUGUGCGUACCUGUGCCGUGCUCACGUGCGUGGUCAGCAGUGUGUGCGUGUGCGUUCCUUUGCACUUGCCAUUUGAAGGUAGCCCUCUCACUGUCUUUUAGUUCCAAAAAAAGAAAGGUGCCAUGUUUUUACUAGACUUUGGAGCCCUCACCCUUCUCCUCCGCUGCGCCCUUUCCACGUUGCUUCGUGUUCGAGCUUACCUCCUCUUCUUCCGGGACUCUCUGCUUGGAUUCACCAAGAAGGGCCCUGGUAAAAUAGUGGAUGUCAGUUUCUGUUUAGUCUGUAAGUUCCCAUGCUGAUAAGGUGCGCAGGAUAACUUAGCACUACGCUGCGGCCCUGUGCCACCAUAGGUUGCUUUCCUCUUCUGUUCCGGUUUGGUGAUAAUCGUCUUCAAAUUUAAAGUGCUGUUUAGAUUUAUUAGAUCCCGUAUUUACUUGCCGCUGUUUCUACUAAGUUUCCUUUUCAAUUCUACCAACCCCAGAUAAGUAAGAGUACUAUUAUAGAACACAGAGUGUGUUUUUGCACUGUCUGUACUAAAGCAAUAAUCCUAUUGUACGCUAGAGCAUGCUGCCUGAGUAUUACUAGUGGACGUAGGAUAUUCUCCCUACCUAAGAAUUUCACUGUCUUUAAAAAAAAAAAAAACAAAAAUUAAAGCAAUGCAUUUGAGCAUGACCAGAACAUCCCUAGGAUAAGGAAGCAGAGGGAAACGGGGGGUCUAAGAAUGAGGGGUUAACUUACCAGUACAUGAGCCCAAAAAACGCGUCCUGGACUCGCCUUUGACAUUGAUAUGUUCAGUUCUGUUGUCUCCCCCCUCCCCCAACCCCUCCCAGCCCCACUUUUCUAGUUAACUUUUUCCAUAUCCCUCUUAAUAUUCAAAAACAAGUCAUUUCCUUAAGAUUCAGUUUCCACCCACCCCCCCUUUUUUUUGGUAAUAUAUAUAUUUUUGUGAAUUAUACUUUGCUGUUUAAAAAAAAAAUCAGUUAAGUUAAGCCUAUGUUUUGUAAGACCCCUUUUCCUAGUGGUGUCCCUUUUGAAUGCCUCAUAAAUUAGUGAUCCCGGCGCUUCUGUUUUUUUCUUCUCUGUUUGCUUUUGAACAUCUGUGCUCUUAUACAGUGGACUUCUGAAAAAUGAAUGUAAAAGACACUGGUGAAUCUCAGAAGGGGAUGGUGUUGUCACAAACUGUGGUUAGAUCCAAUCAAGUUCAAUGUUUACUAUAGACCAAAAGGAGAGAUUAUUAAAUUGUUUAAUGUUUAUACAGAGUAAUUAUAGGAAGUUCUUUUUUGUACAGUAUUUUUCAGAUAUAAAUACUGACAAUGUAUUUUGGAAGACAUAUAUUAUAUAUAGAAAAGAGAAAAGGAGAACUAUUCCAUGUUUUAAAAUUAUAUAGCAAAGAUAUAUAUUCACCCAUGUUGUACAGAGAAGGAGUGUGCUUGGGGGUUUUGUGAAGUGUUUAAUAUUUUAAGCCUAUCGCUGACACAUCAGCAUGUUUCCUGCUUUAAAUUAAAAUUUUAUGACACCAUCGAAGUUUGCCAUGACGAAUCCCGCUCUGCGAUACACAGGGAGCUUGCUUGUUUUCUGUGAGGCCUCAGAAAGGAGUCAGUUAACAUCACCCAAAAGCACAAAAUGGAUUUUAGUCAAAUAUUUAUUGGAUGAUGCAGUGUUUUUUAGGAAAAGCAUCUGCCACAAAAAUGUUCACUUCAAAAUUCUGAGUUCUUGGCAUGGAGCGUCACUGCCAGUGCCCCAGACAGUUCGGCUCUUGUCUGCGGGCCUGUGCCUCUCACGCAUUAGGAGCGUGAUGUCCGUGCUAUGUGUAUGCUUUGCAAUUUGGUAGAUAUUUUGACUUUAAAGAUGACCGUUCUUUUGUUUCACUUCAGUCGUAUAACGUCAAGAGAUUUCUGCUAUUAGGGCAAAGAAAACAUUCUGUGCUAGAUUAAAAUACCCUUCCUCGAUGGGAUUUUCUAGAUUCCUGCCCCCAGAGUAUCUAAUUUGUUAAUAAGCUGGUGGUCUCCUGGUCAGGGUCAGUCCAUCGGCUUCUCUCAUCCUGUCACAGUCUUGGAAAAGUGGACCAGUAGGAUAUUCCUCUGAGGAAUUCGUUUUGUCCCAGGCUACAGAUAAUAGCAGGAGAUGGGGCAAUACUGGAAUGGGAAUACCUUGUUCAAGUGAAUAAUUUUACAAGAACAAAACCCUUUGGCAAUCUUAAGCCGACGAAAUGAGAGAUAGUCAGUGAGAGACCCAAGUGGACACAGAGUUGGCCUUUUUACAGGCAAAGAGGCUAAUUGCGGCCUUGUUAAAUGGCAAUUGUCAUUAAAAUCAUUAUGUCUUUCUGUGGAACAGUGUUGAAGGAUUGUGCCAUGGGCCAUCCAAAUUUAUGGCAGUAUCAAAUGGUAGCUGAAAAACAAAACUUGAUAUUUGAGCACUGGUCUUUCUUGGAAUUAGAUGUUUAUGUUAAAUGAGUAUCACAAAUGUUUUCUGCAGAAGAAAUAAAAAGAUCAUAAUGAAACUUACUUUACUGUGUGCCAGGAGAGGUUUUCAGAAACCUACCUCGUCUUAAAUAUUUGAACACUUGGGAGUCUGUACAGGUGCCUUAUAUGCAGGUGAUUCUCAUGACACACACACAUGAACACCACUCCUGGACUGGCUGCCCGGGUGUCCAUGGCAGUUACUAGGAGGUGGGGCAGAUGUAUGAGUGGGAAGCCGCCGCCUGACGGGCAGGGACGUGGGCCAACCUGGGUCAAGCGAGAGCCUGCAGACUGCAGCUCUUAGAAGAAUUCUAGUAUCAUGUUUCACUUUUUCAUCUUAAGCAUCUUCCAGAGGUUGAUUAUUUUGGCUAUUAAAAAUGAAUCCAAAUCAUAUAGUGCUGACAUCAUGUAGACACGAUUUGGAAUGAGCAGCAUAGGACUUUCUGGUUGGGUCCCAUUGUAGUUUUCCUAUUUUGGCAAAGGCGAAAAUUGACUAGCCUAUCUUUCUGUUGGUACUAUGCCUUGAGAAGGCGGUUAGGGGAUAGGAGGGUUGGAAAUGAUCACUUCUUCUUGCGAAAGUGGCCACUGUGGACCCUACAGAAACCACAUCAGGCCAGAGUGUGUCAGGCCCUUUGUCUUUAACACAACAGGGCUCCGUGGAACCCUCCCGCCAAACAAAAGGACCUUUUGUUUGAGGAUAGUGUGGAUGGAAUUCUUGACAUCAAGUGGGUGGGAAGCUGAACUAGAGAACCCAGAGGUUCCUUCUAACCCACUGGUUUUGUGGGGAAACUCAACUAUACUUCCCAAUGUACAUGCAGAAUGUCAAGGGUCUGUUUUCAGAAGAGCCAAGAAUUGUAAGUGGCGCCCUCCCCUGUGCCCCAGGUUAAAACAACAGAUAUUCUAUAAAAUGCAAAGUUAUACUUCGCCUUCUCUAGUAAUUCAUUUUCCUCUGAUGUUCUUUUCAGGAAAACCCAAAACUUUGCCAUAGUUCAUGAGAGCAAUGGCAAGGAGGCAGACUCAGCAUGCUUGUAUGUGUGGUGGGUGGAGACCUGGAUUUAGCACUGGGGACAGCCCCCUACAGGUGCCUAAGACUAGAUAUGCUGCCCUCCACGUGGUGGGCCCCUUCUGCCCCAAUCUGCUUCUCUUCCUGCCAAGGGCUCUUAGGUACCCCCUGCUGUUGAGGCCAAGGUCUCCUCCAUGGUUUUUCUACAAUUAAUGAUGUCAUUUAAACAAUGAAUAAAGCCUUAUAUGAACCAGAUUUAGCAAUUAAAGUCAAUAUGUUUUGUGGGGGGCCGAGUGUGUGUACGUGUGUGUGUGUUUGCGUGACUGUUUAUGGUAACAUAAAAUCUUCAAUUUUUGAGCACCUUACCAAACAUAACAAUAAUCUAUUAUCCUUUUGGCAACACCACAAUGAUCGCAUCUGUUACACAGGUACAAGUUGACAUGAGGUUAGUUUAAUUGUACACCAUGAUAUUGGUGGUAUUUAUGCUAUUAAAGUCCAAACCUUUAUCUGUCUGUGAUUCUUAAUGUUUAAUAAACUUUGAAUUUUUUUCCUUU